AUGACCCAUCCCAGAGCCUCAGUCCUGAGCAACCCUGAGCUGGAGAGUGACAGGAACAAGUUCAGGAGCAUCACUGGCAUUUCUAAGCUUCAUAACCUGAAGAAGCUGAUACUAUCCAAGAACAAGAUCGUAGACUUUCCCAAUGAAAUCCAGAGCCUUGUCUGUUUAGAGAAGCUUUAUCUGAAUCAGAACCAAAUUGGGGUAAUCCCAGAGGGGCUCUUCUCCCAUCUCCCCAGGCUUAAACACUUGCAGCUGAACAACAACUGUCUUGGUGCCCUGCCCAGGGACCUGGCGGCUUGUCAAGGCAGCCUCCAGUACCUCAACAUCUCCAGCAACCUGUUCCGGAUCUUCCCGCAGCCUGUCGUGCAGCUGACACAUUUACAGGAGCUACAUGUGCAGAAUAAUGCCCUUCGGCAGCUCCGCAAGGAGCUCUUCCAGGGGCAAUCCCUGAAAAUGUUCAAGGCCAAUGGGAGCCCUCUCCAGGAGCCGCCUGGUGACAUGUGCGGUGGCAGCAUCCAGCAGAUGCAGAGUUACUUCAACCAGCUUCAACGUGGUUUGGGGCAGGAGGACAAGAGGGUCAAAACUAUGUUCCUGGGUGCCUCACUGGCAGGGAAAUCCACCAUCUGUAAAAAUCUGAAGCAAGGGCAAACCAAACUGAUGCCCAAGGAAGAGUGGACAGUUGGGAUAGAGAUCAGCAAGUUCCAGAUUGACAACUUCACAUUUCUUUUCUGGGUCUUUGCUGGCCAGCUGGAGUACUACAUGACUCACCAUGUAUUCAUCACCCCACAGGCACUUGUCAUCCUUGUUAUCAACCUCCACGUGUACCAAAAUAAUGAAAAGACUUUCAAGGAGCUUGUCAGUUUCUGGAUCAACAAUCUGUCCAUGCGAGCCCCAAACUCAGUUGUGCUUCCCAUGGGAACCCAUGUGGACUGCUGCCAGGAGGAAGAGGUGGAGGAGAAGAAGCGUGGCAUCAUGGCCAAGAUUGCAACCAUGCUGAUGAGAAAAAGCAACCUCACUCACUUCAUCAACAACCUGGAGAGCAGUGAGGAGAAGCUGGAGGACAUGGAAAGCUCCACAUUAACGAUCUUGAACUUAGUGGCUGUCAACCACACAGAUCACCGUGAUAACAAAAAGCUCGAGACCAGUAUUCUGGAGCAUGUGAAGAAUCAGGAGCUCUUCCCCAAGGUUGUCCGAGUGCUGCCCCCUGUCUACAGGCAGGUGGAAGCUGCCAUCAUAGAUACCGCAGAGUGA